AUGGCAUGGUCAUCACCUCUGCCAGCGGAUUCAGCCGCUCAAGUGGCCACUGCGCCGAUGACGGCCAACAACGUCAUCUUCUUAAUCCUUUUCGGCAUGUUCCUUAUGGCGACACUUUUACCAGUGCUAGUAAACACGCUCUUUCGUUUUUUGACACUUGUAGCCACUGCUGCUGUAGCUGCAGCAGUCACCAAUCCAUCGGACCAAUCUUUUGCCCUGUGGAUCAGCCAACAAAACGAGCAGUCGGACCUUAUGCCGGACGCAUCCCUCGGUGUGUCAAAAUGGAUCUCAGCCGUGUACAAUACUGCGAAAUCGCUGGUCUGCAACAAGCCACUAACCUGGCGUUUUCACAAUGCGCUCAUCUUUAGUGUUGUCUACGUGCCGUCCAAAGAACGAUAUGCUCUCGGCGUCUUCGGGAGCUGGCGCUGGGCUGAUGAGUCGACGGAUUUUGUAAAAGAUCUCUGUCAAGCUGCUUGGGUUAUUAAAAUCUCUCGAGGAGGGACGAAGUCUGGUAUCGACAAUUACCUUGUGAGCGGGGCAGGCUCUGGGUUGAUUUUGGGAUCCGGCUCUCUCAGACGGAAACGAGUAGGUAAUUCAAUGGAAUUUCAAGCUGACUUUGGAGAGGUCACGACUCAGUCGCAUCGAAAGCUUCGAGAAAAGGCUUUACAGUGCAAAUUGCAGAAAGACUGGAACAAUGCAGCCACAUUUUUUCUCCAAGCGGCCAAAGCUGCUAGUGAAGUAGUGACACAAGCGAAUUACGAAUUUAAUGCGGUGUGGUGUAAUUUGGAAUCUUUGGACACAUAUCCAGUAGAACAAAAUGAAUUUUUGCGAAAGGUUCGCCUCAUAUGUGAUACUUUAGCGUCUGCUGGUUACUUUGAUGAAGCUGCGCACGGGUUAUGUGAGUUAGCUCUGAGACUAAAGCAACAUUUUCCGACGGAAUGCAAAACUACAAAACGUGCGAAAGAAUUGGCUAAAUUGUAUGUGGAGGCCAGUGAUAUUGCUGAAGCUGGAGGUAACAUACAUUGCGCUGCAGAAAAUGGCCUUCGGGCAGCUGGUUUGUAUGCAGACGCUUGCUUGUGGGAGCUCGCUGAAAAAUGCUUUGAGGCAGUUGGUAAAAGUCGACUUGGAAACGGUCAAAACGAUCUAGCGAAUGAAGCAUACAAUAAUGCUGUGCUUUGUCGCCUAAGUCAGCUUGAUUUUGUUGGCGCUGAAGAUAUGCUUAAUCGAUUUACUAAGCACUUAGGUGGAAAUCGACGCCUGAAUGAUAUGGAUAUGUUUCUGUCUAGUUUACUUCAAGCGUGCAACGAGUGGUCGCUAACAAAUUUUGAAAAGGCAUUUCAGCGAUAUGUUUCAGCCCAUCAACUUGCACUGUGGCAGCGUCAGUGUCUGUGUAAUUUAAAGGACAAGCUGGAAAAAGCGGAUUUGCGCUAA